UCCACCACACUCCCCUCUCUCCCUCUAACUUCUCUCUACCCAACCCCUCCCCACCCAACCUUAGAAUUAGUUUUUUUGUUGGUUGCGGCUAAGUCCGAUCUGCCUCCAAAAUACUUUUUCUUUGGUUUUCACUAAAAAACCGUCGAACCUCUGUCCGGAUUCCGAGAGAAUGGCCGAUUUCGCUCAAGAAGAGGGUCUUUUUUAUGAUGAUUAUCAAACGGUACGUACUCUUUGGGGAUGUCUCAGGAAGCAGCAACACCAUUCAAACAGUCAUUACAAAACAGAUUGCUCCUUUCGUUCUACCAGUGGCAGGCUUGACAGACACUGAGAAACUUGUAAGAUUGUCUGAAGAGCAGCAACAUGAGGACAUAAAGGAACAAGAGCCGUAUGAGAGGGAAUAAUCUGCAGAAAAAAUUUGGAAUGAUCAACAAGCACAAAGAACAGGAACCUCACCAAAUAAAGGAACAUUACAGGGGGGAAAAGAGUUGGUAGCAGCCACAGACUUGGCAACUUUUAAUAUGGGAACAGGAGGAGGUGGGAGUCUGACUCGCUACGACACAACACCUAACAAUGGCCAAGUGUAACCAAUGGAAGGGACUGCAGUAUAGUGGCUCAAGUGAUAAAUAUCGAAUCCACGGGUCUCUAGAGUUACUAUUACUCAGCUUCAGUUUAUUAUUUAGCAAACCAGAUUAAGAUAAAAGAACUAAAACUACUCUAGCAAACUACAGUUAAAGUUAAUCUAAUUACAGGUCGGGAACUCACUUAGGUAUGAUUCCCCCUAGCCACUAGCCAGACUAACGAUUGAUGAUUUCCAACUUGUUUCACUUUCAUUCACAAUGCGGAGAAUCCUUGAGUAGACCUUGAGUCUCGACUAAAGGAACAAGGCCCUCUUGAGUCAAUUGCCUAGAGGGACGUAUCCUUCUCUAGAACAACUGAUCAAGGCGUUCUGAACUAGACUCCCUCUAUCGAAAGAGGUUCUCAAUCGAUACAAAGCAGUGAAUCAACCCUCGACUAAAGCAAUCAAUCCACUACUAUCAAUCUAUGGUGCUCUAUUGACCUAAUCAGGUAUUCCCUCUCAUAGGAUCAAAGCAGAAUCAACAAUCUCGACUAAAGCAGAAUUGAAUCAUGAAAACAUGCAUAGAUUGAAUAUGAACUCAAGAUUAUCAAGUCAGAGUACUCAUACAAUCAUCCAAUCAAACAAACAUAGCUAGGGUUCCUCAAAACCUAAGUGAAGGGAAGUUACUCCAUAGAGAAGAGAGAGACUGCAGUAAGAAUCUUCAGAUGAUCAGUCUUCAAGUCCGGGCUUGUUCCUCGAGCUUCCAAGGCGAAGAAAUCCCCCAACUCCACUCCAAGAAUGCCCUCAAAUCGCCCUCUCUCUCUUUGGUUCGUACCUUGGGUGUUUGGGAUCCAAAACCCAGCUCCCUCUUCUUUGGUUCGGAAUUUGGCUUAAAACCAGGAAAUCCCAACUCGCACGGCCAGGGUGCACGGCCGUGCAUAUCACCAUUCUGGCCGUGCAACUCAAAACGCAGCGUGUCAUUUAGUCGAACUUCAGCCCUCUCGCACGGCCAGGGUGCACGGCCGUGCGAGCUUCAGGGGUUGCCCGUGCGUGUCCUCGGCAUAAGGUGCACGGCCAUAUUGCUCACGUGCACGGCCGUGCAGCCUCCCUGGUCUGCCCGUGCAGCUCCCCAAAAACCUCGCCAUUCGUCCGUUCUUCGUCCAAUCGACCCCAGACUCGCUCCUAAGCCUUCAUUCACGUACUAGGACCUGAAACAUCACAAACAAGCACAACCUAGCGUGAAAUCGGUCUAAACCACGAGAAAUCACAUCUCAAACGGUGUAAGAACAGGGGUAAAAACAUGUGUAAUUAACGGUCUAUCAGAGUCUGAGCAAAAAGGCAGGAGUAUGGACCAGAAAGAAACAAGCAAGGGAGAUGGAUGGUGUCUCAGGAUCUACUACUGUAGGAGUCACUAAACGAGAUGCUAAGGAUAUGGACAUUGACCAGAUGGAUGUGUUAACAAACGAAGGAGUUUCUAUAGAUGGGAAAAAACAAAAAACAGAGAAAUUGGUUGGCGGAGAGGCAGACCCUUCAGUGAAGCAGGGCUGCCCAGCCCAAUGAGGAUCUUAAGUUAUAAUUGCCGGGGUUGGGGACUCCCCUGGCAAUUAGAAGAGUGGGGCAGCUGCUCUAUCGUUCAAAUCCCCAAAUAGUCUUCUUAAUGGAGACUAAGAAGAAGGAAAAUGAAUGGAAAGAUGUUAUGAAGGAUCUGGGCUGGGAGAAAGGAAGAGGAAUGGGUUCAGAUGGGAGGAAAGGAGGACUGCUGCUGCAGUGGCAAAAAGAUCUUAAUGUAACAAUCAAAUCCAAGUCCUCUAACCAUAUCGACAUAUGUAUAGAAGAGGGGGGAUUAAGAUGGCGAUACACAGGCAUCUAUGGAUGGCCCGAACAGGGCAACAAAGAAAGUACAUGUAUCUUGAUGCGUUAGCUUAAGGAUAUGACAACUAUUCCUUGGUUAAUGAGUGGUGAUUUUAACCUGAUUCAGGGAUAUGAAGAAAAGAAUGGUCUGAAUAUGCCAGAUGCAAGGGAGAUGGAAAAUGUUCAAUGAUGCUCUAGAUUAUUGCCAACUAGAAGACCUCGGUUACUAUGGAAAUCCCUUCACCAGGGCAAACAACCACACUGAUGAAACCUAUUUGGAAGAAAGAUUAGACAGGAUGGUGGCAACCUCAGAUUGGCAAGAACUUUUUAACCACACAAGGGUACAUCAUCUUAGAAUAUGUGGGUAUGAUCAUUCCCCAAUAAUGUUACAAAUAGACCUGAUGGACGAGGAAGUGAGGUGGGGAUGGCACUUUAGAUACAAACCAUACUGGCAGAACCAUGUUGAUUGUAAACAGGUUGUCGCAGACAGCUGGAAUUCAAGUGGGGGACUAUCAGUACUGGAUAAAAUAUCCUACUGUGAGGGAAGACGCAGUGAGUGGAGCAAGCAAACUUUUGGUGACCUUCGUCAACGGAAAAUAAAAGCUAAGAGAGUUCUGGAAAUACUAGAGAAAAAGAAAUCAGAUGCUGCGGUGAUCUUACAAAGGAAAGCUAUUGAAAAAGAGCUGAAUGAAAUAUUAAUGCAAGAAGAACUGAGAUGGAGACAAAGAUCCAGAGUUGAUUGGUUGACAGGAGGUGAUAAAAACUCAAAAUUCUUUCACGGGAAGGCUUCUGACAGAAGAAACAGAAAUACUAUCCAAAAGUUGAUUGAUGAGGCAGGGAUAAACAGAGAAGGGCAGCAACAUGUUUCUGAUUGUUUAGUUACCUAUUACAAAGCUCUCUUUGCUGCAGGAAACUCAAUAUCCUCAACUAGAAUCAUCCAUGCCAUCCAAAGGAAAGUAACACAAGAAAUGAACGAAGACUUGCUGAAACCAAUUACACAGGAGGAAAUUUAGUUUGCUUUGAAAAAAAUGGGACCAAAUAAAUCCCCCAGUUUGGAUGGAAUGUCGGCCCUCUUCUUUCAAAAGAACUGGGAGACUGUUGGGGGAGAUAUAACCAGAGAGCUACAAGGCUAUUUCAGUCAAGGUUCUUUCCCACAGGAACUUAAUCAUACCUUGCUGGCUUUAAUACCGAAAAAGAAAGAGGUGGUCUCUCC